AUGGACAAUCCUAGAAAUAGAAGAUGGAUGCAUUGUGAUAGAGUUAGUAAAGAAUAUUUGGAUGGAGUAGAGGAGUUUAUAAACCAUGCCUUUUCUGAAAAACAAGAUGGAGAAAAAAUUGCAUGUCCUUGUACGGAGUGUGUGCUUAUCCAUCAAGUAAACCGGACUACAACAUAUGAUCAUCUUGUGAUUAAUGGUAUUAUGCCAUCAUAUGAUACUUGGUUUUGUCAUGGUGAGUCUCUAAAGGGAUCAAACAAUGCUCAAGCAAAUAAUCGCAGCCAAUCAACUUUAAGGGGCGAUGAUAUGACAGGAAUGAUACAUGAUGCUUUUGGAGGUUUUACACAGUUCAUGGAUAUUGACGUUAGUGAAGGGGGUGACAUAGCGGAUAACGUACAAGAGAAUACUGCUAAUCCAUCUGGAAAUCAACCGCAUCCAGAGGUGGAUAAGUUUGAACGGCUCAUGAAGGAGGCAAAUGAAGAACUAUAUCCAGGAUGUAAGAAAUUUAGCAAAAUGUCCUUUUUGAUGCAUCUUACCGAUGCGCUGCCUGAAGGUGAAAAAUUGACUCCUUCUUUCUAUGAGACCAAAAAGAUAGUUGAAGGCUUGGGCUUAAAGUAUGAGAAAAUUCAUGUUUGUCCCAAUGAUUGCAUGCUUUUUAGGAAAGAGUUUGCUAAUAAGAAUGUCAAUAAAUGCAAUAUUUGUGGAGCUUCUAGAUGGAAAAAUGAUGCUAGAAAAAUCCCAGCCAAGGUCCUAAGGUUUUUUCCUUUAAAACCACGGCUACAAAGACUGUUUAUGUCUUCGGAAACUUCUAAAGCAAUGCGUUGGCAUCAUGAAGAGCGCAACAAAGAUGGAGUUCUACGACAUCCUGCAGAUUCUGAAGCUUGGAAAAAAUUUGAUAGUAAAUAUCCCGAAUUUGUUGGAGACCCUCGCAUAGUGCGCUUAGGAUUAGCUUCUGAUGGGUUUAAUCUAUUUGGCACAAUGCGAACUGUUCAUAGCACAUGGCCAGUGAUUUUAAUGCCAUAUAAUCUUCCUCCAUGGAUGUGCAUGAAACAAGAGUUCUUCAUUCUGUCCUUACUUAUUCCUGGACCCAAACCGUCUGGCAAUAAUAUCGAUGUACUUUUGCAACCUCUAAUAAAAGAGUUAAAUGAAUUAUGGAAUGUUGGAGUAGAAACAUACGAUGCCUCUACUAAGGAGAUAUUUCAAAUGCGAGCAACUCUCAUGUGGACUAUAAAUGACUUUUCUGCAUAUGGUACUUUCUCUGGAUGA